CGAAUCUGAGCCACUGCCCCCAAGCAUUUUAUGAACGAAAGGGGUGGGCGAGCGAGUCAGUCACGGGAGGAAAGGGAAAUGAUUGUAAAUCCAUUCAGAUCCAGAAUUUAGUCUCUCCUUUUUUUUAACAGGGGGGGAAAAAAAGAUCUCCACAUUUUCUCCUGCUCGUCGUCCUGAAGCUCUCCCGGUUUCCCGCGCUGAUGAGAGAGAGGGGCGCGCGAGCCACCUGAAGGACUCUGAGGACUUAAGUUGCAGCUGCGGCUCAGCGAGUAAAUGACACCAGAAAACCAACGAGUCUGGCAUCAAAUCUGAAACCUUCGAGGACUGUAACGCUGGAGAUGAAGAGAGAGUGCACACUUUUCUGUGGGAUUUGGAUCGGGAUAGCCUCUUUCUCAGGUCUGGUGGCUGGGUUUUCUAUGACACCACCUGCUCUCGACAGCUCCAAAGACCAACUCGUGAUUGACGCCAAUGACACACUGACUAUUACUUGCAGGGGACAGCGCAUUCUGGACUGGGCCUGGCCUGAGCAGUCUCUCAGCAAAGUCGAGCUUAGCAAGCGAGAGGGGCAGCAGCCAACCACCCGUGCUGACGACCAGAGAACGUUGUCGGUGAGAGAGUGUCAGGGAGAGCCUGGAAAACCUUACUGCAAAACCCUUGUGCUGACCAAAAGCCACAGCGAUGACACUGGCUACUACCGCUGCUUCUACCAGGACAUUAAAGCCGUCAUCGAUGGAAUCACCGCCGUCAGCAUAUAUGUCUUUGUACGAGACCCUAGUAACCCAUUUGUCAAGAGAAACGAGAUGCAGACCAUCUUCAUAAGAUCUUCAGACACACACAUUGAGGUGCCAUGUCUGGUUUCUGAUCCUGAGCUGAAUGUCACCCUCUUCUCAAUACAGCAGAGCCCUUUGGUAGGUAAAGACAUCACCUGGAGCAACAGGAGAGGUUGGUCUGUCCCCAGAUACGUCAUGGACCACAUGUCCUUGUUCGUUGGCUUCUUCUGUUCCCUGACCUUGUAUGGCAGAAAAUACACGUCCAGCACCUUUUUGGUCAUGGAAACUGGAGCAAAGAUUUAUGAUCUCAAGCUAUUUCCUGACGACUCACCCCUCGAGCUGAUGCAAGGCGACGUCCUGGUCCUCAACUGCACAGCACUGGUGGAGUUUGAUACAGGCGUGGAAUUCAAAUGGGCCUAUCCAGGCCAAAAGGAGAACAGGAUAGUGAGCAUGCAGUCUGUGCGCCAUUCCAUGUACCAAUCCACAGAGGCCACAAGCAUCCUAACCAUCCGCAAUGUCAAUGUCAACGACACUGGUUUAUACACCUGCUCUGCUAACAGCGUGGAAACGAGUUUGGAACGCAUCAUGUUGGUAAUAGUGCAUGAGAAGCCAUUCAUUAGUUUGGACUACAGGAAUGGUUCCAUGGUGGAAGCUACUGUUGGACAAAAGUCAGUCAAGUUGUCUGUUAGAGUGUCCGCAUACCCCACUCCAGUCACCCACUGGUAUAAAAACAUGACGCUGAUAACGAGGCGGCCGGAGUUCAGUCGAUUUAAGUCUCAAGAUCACCACCUAGAGAUCAGGGAUGUGCGUAAAGAGGAUGCAGGAGGCUACACGGUGGUUUUGAAGAACAGUGCUGCUGGCAUAGAGAAGAAACUCCACUUCAUUCUCAUCAUCAAUGUUCCACCUCAGAUCCAUGAAAAGGAGGCAGCAGCACCUACCAACCCCUACAGGAGGGGUAGUCGUCAGACUCUUACCUGUACCGCCACUGGUUACCCUCCGCCGACGACCGUCUCCUGGCAGUGGAGACCGUGGAGUCCCUGCGGCCUGAAUUCCACCCACAGGACAAAAGCUCGUAGAGGACAGCGAGACAAGGUUCCUCUGUGUCAGGAUUGGAUCGAUCUGGACCUUGAACACACUGUGAACACAAUCGACAGCAUGGACACUUGGCUCGAGCCAGUGGAUGGCAAACAAAAGACGGUGGGCCGCGUGGUCAUUCGAAACGCCAACGUCUCGGCUAUGUACAAAUGCUCAGCGGAGAACAAAGUGGGGAAAGAUGAACGUCUCAUUUACUUCUACGUAACCACCAUUCCAGAAGGCUUUGGGAUUGAGAUGGAGCCCACAGAGGAGCCUCUGGAGCAGGAGUCAGUAAGCCUGAAAUGCAGUGCUGACAAUUACACCUAUGAAAACCUGCGCUGGUACCGACUGGACCCCCAGGCUGUGCCCCCGGAGGACUGCAAGAGCCUGCACCAGUAUGCUGAGGCCCUGGGUGGAGAGCUCUACUUUCAGGCUUCCAGCAACAACUGGGUCUUGGAGCUCACCUUCGCCAGCCUGCAGCUCCAGGAUGAGGGCAACUACGUGUGCGAGGUGCAGAACCGGCGCAGCGGGGAGAAGCAUUGCCAUCGCAAAUAUGUCCCCGUGAAGGCCCUGGAGGCCCCAAGGUACCGGCACAACCCCACCAACCAGACAGUGAAUGUCAGUGCGUCUCUGCAGAUGGAGUGUGAUGUGGAGGGCACGCCUUCUCCGAAGCUUUCCUGGUUUAAAGACAACCAGCCCCUCCACCAAGUAUCAGGGAUCCUGCUGCAGGACUCCAACCGGACGCUUAGCAUCCAGCGUGUCCGUGAGGAAGACGCCGGUAUUUACACAUGUACCGCCUGCAACCAGAGAGGCUGCAUCCACUCCUCAGCAACCGUGUCUGUUAUUGGUUCUGACGACAGCACGAAUGUAGAGGUAGUGAUCCUCAUUGGAACUGGAGUCAUCGCCGUCUUCUUCUGGGUCCUCCUCAUCCUCAUCUUCUGCAAUGUCAAGCGGGUGAACCCAGCUGAUAUCAAGACAAGCUACCUGUCCAUCAUCAUGGACCCAGGGGAGGUGCCUCUGGAGGAGCAGUGCGAAUACCUGCCCUACGACUCCAACCAGUGGGAAAUCCCGCGGGACCGGCUGCGCCUUGGGAAGGUGCUUGGUCAUGGUGCUUUUGGGAAGGUUGUAGAGGCCUCCAUUUAUGGGAAUGACAGGAAGAGCAGUUUAGGCACUGUGGCUGUCAAGAUGCUCAAAGAGGGAGCCACAGCCAGUGAACACAAAGCCCUAAUGUCAGAGUUGAAAAUCCUAGUUCACAUUGGAAACCACCUCAAUGUGGUCAACCUGCUGGGAGCUUGCACUAAACCCAAUGGUCCACUCAUGGUGGUGGUGGAGUACUGCAAAUAUGGAAAUCUGUCCAACUACCUACGGGCUAAGAGGGAAUUCUUUUUGCCAUACAGGGAUCGUUCCCCUAAAACACAGAGUCAGGUGAGGAGGAUGAUGGAGGCUGGGCAGGUAGAGCAGAGAGGCUGCCACCCUUCGAGCCAGUCUCAUCCUGCCAACAUCAGCUCUCCAACCCAGCUUCGGGGCAAAACCACCAGUCCAGAUAGCACCCCCUCAGUGGAGAAAAUGGAUGACCUCUGGAAGACCCCUCUUACAAUAGAAGAUCUCAUAUGUUACAGCUUCCAGGUGGCACGAGGGAUGGAGUUCCUGGCAUCUCGUAAGUGCAUUCAUCGAGACUUGGCAGCCCGGAACAUUCUGCUGUCGGAGAACAACGUGGUGAAGAUCUGUGAUUUUGGUCUGGCUCGUGAUAUCUACAAGGACCCAGACUAUGUCCGGAAAGGAAAUGCCAGACUGCCACUCAAGUGGAUGGCUCCUGAGAGCAUUUUCGACAAAGUGUACACCAGCCAGAGUGAUGUCUGGUCCUUUGGCGUGCUGCUGUGGGAGAUCUUCUCACUAGGUGCCUCCCCUUACCCCGGCAUUCAGAUUGAUGAGGACUUCUGUCAACGGCUGAAGGACGGCACCAGGAUGAGAGCUCCUGACACUGCCUCCCCUGAAGUAUAUGGGAUCAUGCUGGCCUGCUGGCAGGGCGAGCCCAGGGAGAGGCCCACAUUUCCUGCACUGGUAGAGAUACUGGGAGACCUUCUGCAGGACAACAGUUUACCGGACAUUCCCUUCAAUGUGUCUCAGAGCUCUUCAGAUGAUGGCUUCUCACAGGCUUCCUCCAGACCUCCGUCAGAGGAGGAGCUGAGAAUGGCCUGCAACACGAUGCCGGCCAGAUACUACAACUGUGUGCCUUUCUCUGGGUGUGUGAUGGUGAGCCCAUCAAAGUCAUGUCACUCUCGAGUGAAGACGUUCGAGGAGCUUCCGAUGGAGAUGACCUCCCACAAGUCACAUCAUGACAGCCAGACGGACAGUGGGAUGGUAUUGGCCUCUGAGGAGCUGGAGAGGCUUGAGCACAAGCACAGAGGAGCCAUGCUAAAGAGUUCAGCGGCCGGCACCAGCACAGAGCGCCUGAUCGGUAGCCCAAGCCAAACCAGCAGCAUCUGCAGCAGCAGGCACCGGCCGGCCUUCUUCAGUCAGCUCUCCGGCCAGACCUUCUACAACAACGAGUACGGCCAGCUCUCUGAGGAAGGCGUGUGUGACUUCUUCUCCACCCCGGACCUGGCCGUGACCGAGGGAUCGUGCCCAGCAACCUCCAACCUGUAACAGCACCCUAUCAGGCCCGAUCAGAUCCAUCAUGGUCAUCAGCCCCCCUAAACCCCCAAGCCCCUAACCCUGCCUCACAAACUGAACUGAUUUUCCCUCUUUUUUUACCAUGUUCCAUGUUCUCUCUGCUGCCACUGGGUGGCACCAUUACGUCAGUUGCAAAUCAAAAAAGUAUUUUAACGCAUUUGUUACAUUUAUCUUGAUAUGAAGUGUAAGCUUCUGUUUAUUUGUACAAAAAUUAACCCCGAAUGGGGAAAAAUAAAGCAAUAUAUCUUCUUGUA